CCGUUUCAUUUACAUGAAAGUUAUUUUACUUUUAUGUACUCUUGCCAUUUUCGGCAUUAGUUCGCAUCAUUCGCCGCUUGGCCAUAAAACAGAGUCAUUAGAAUUCAAGUUAGCUCUCUUGAAAGUGGAAAGUUUUGACCGACAAGGAAUUUACUUACAGAGAUUAUUUUCUCAAGCAUCAGAACGACAUAGCCAGGAAGUUCUCGAACUAUGCUAUAAGUGGGGAUCAAUAAUCAUAAUGGUGACUGCAUUAAUUCACUGUGCAUACGUCGUUUUGAGAGAGUUAAUUGAAACAAGGAAAGCUCGAAGAGAAGCCGAAGCCCGUCAAAAAUACGAAGAGCGCAUAUUUGGGCUGACCAGACGACUCGAGGUAAUUCUCAAUCAUGAACGAUUUCCGUUUGCCGCUGGAAGAGAACAUCGUGCUAGAUUUCCAACCAAUUGAUGUCACCGCUUGCAGAUAGAGUUAUCAACAAAACAAAGCUAUUAUACAAUUUUUAUUGCACUAUUUUCAUAUUUUAAUACAAACAUAUACUGUCUGUUUUAGUUUUUAUGUUCAUCGGAUGUGUUUACAUCAUUUCACAUGUAUUUGGAGUUGUUAUUUUAUAACCCGUCAUAAAAAUGUUCGCAUAUAAAAAAAGCGACCAGGUCAGUGUGGUAUAUUCAUUCGAUUAUGAUGAAUUUCAAAAUUAUUUUUGUAUUUUUGGUUUUUGUCGCACUCGCCAGUACCUGCGAUUAUUAUUGUGAAG